AUGUAUAAGCUUAGUGAUCCUUUUAAUUAUGUAAAUGACAGUAAUUAUGCAAAUUCUUAUCCUGAGGAUUUUUGGGAUGAAGUGGCAAAAAAGCAUGUUUUUUGGGAUAAAAUGUAUGAUAAAGUUUAUAGUGGUGAUGAAAUUUAUCCAGAUUGGUUUAAAGGUGGUGAAUUAAAUACAUGUUAUAAUUUAUUAGACAUUCAUACAAAAAAUCCUACUAAAAGAGAUCAAGAUGCAAUAAUUUAUGAAUGUCCAUUUUUAAAGAAAACUGAGAAAUUAACAUAUUAUCAAUUAUAUGAAAAAGUAUGUGAAUUUUCAAGAGUACUUUUAAAUUUAAAUGUUUCAAAAAAUGAUGUUGUUUUAAUUUAUAUGUCAAAUACAUUAGAACCAUUAAUUGCAAUGUUAUCAUGUGCUCGUAUUGGCGCAACUCAUUGUACAAUAAUCGAUGGUUAUUCAGUUAAAAGUUUAAUAGAUAGAAUCGAAACAAUUACACCAGAAUUAAUAAUUACAACAAACUAUGGUAUAUCAAAUGAUGAAAUCAUUACAUUUACACCAAAUUUAAAAGAAGCAAUUGAAUUAUCAACUUUUAAACCAAGUAAUGUAAUAACUUUAUUUAGAAAUGAAGUUUUGGAUGAAACAAAUUUAAAAAAAGUAAAUGAUAUACCAACGAUACCAAAUACAUUAAGUUGGUAUGAUGAAAUUAAAAAACUUAAAGAAAAUAAUCAAUCACCAUUUUAUGAAUAUGUACCAGUAGAAUCAAGUCAUUCAUUAUAUAUACUAUAUACAAGUGGUACAACUGGUAAUGCUAAAGCUGUUGUUAGAAGUAAUGGUCCACAUUUGGUUAGUAUUAGAUAUUAUAGAUUCCGUAAAGAAUCAGAUAUACCUCAAAUUGUAUUUUCAUAUUCAAAUAUUGGGUGGGUAUCAUUUCACGGUUUCUUUUAUGGUUUACUAUCUGUAGGGAAUACAUUUGUAAUGUAUGAAGGUGGUAUUAUAAAUAACAAACAUAUUGAAGAUGAUUUAUGGAAAACAAUUGUAAAACAUAAAGUAACACAUACAUUUCCAUCCCCAUCUGUAUUUAGAUACCUUAUUAAAACUGAUCCUGAAGGAAAAAUCAUCAGUUCAAAGUAUGAUUUAUCAAAUUUAGAAGAAAUAUGGUGUGGUAGUGAAGUAAUUGAAGAAUCAAUUCCAGAAUACAUUGAACAAAAGUUAAAAAUAAAAUGUUUAAGAGUAUUUGGUCAAAGUGAAAUUGGCAUAACUUCAUUUAUUAGUGUUCAUGCUUUAAAUAUGCCUUAUAAAGCCACUGGCAUACCAUCAAUUUUCAUAAAACCAUCAAUACUUUCAGAAGAAGGUAAAGUUUUGAAUUCAAAUGAAAUUGGUUUUGUUGCAAUUAAACUACCAAUGCCACCAGGUUUUGCAACUACAUAUUAUAAAAAUGAUGAAAAGUUUAAACAAUUAUUUUCUAAAUUCCCAGGUUAUUAUAAUACCGGUGAUUUAGGUUAUAAAGAUCAAAGAGGAUUUUAUACAAUUGUUUCGAGAUCAGAUGAUCAAAUUAAAAUCGGUUAUAAAAAAGUUCAAUUAAAUACAAUUGAAACGUCAAUUUUAAAACACCCAUCAGUUUUAGAAUGUUGUUCGAUUGGUAUUUAUGAUCCAGUUAUUCGUAGUGUACCAAUUGGUGUAUUAGUAUUAAAAGAAAAUCAAUCAAUUGAUUUAAUUAAAUUACAAAAUGAAAUUAAUAAUAUCAUUACACAAGAUAUUGAAUCAUGUGCAGUCUUAAGAAAAAUUUUAAUUGUUAACCAAUUACCAAAAACAAAAGUUGGUAAAAUUCCAAGACUAAUUUUGUCAAAUUUAUUAAAUGAUUCAAAUUAUCAACUACCCCAUAAUGUCAGUGACACUGAAAUAUUUUAUGAAAUCAAAGAAUUAUAUAUGAAAAAUUUAUAG